UGAUGUAAGGUUAUCCGUAGUAUCACGCCUAUAUUUGUAAUUUCUGGGUCUGCUGGGACUAGCGUGGGCCCGCUUUAUUAAAAUGAGUAAAACCAAGUCGAAUUUCGGAGAGGGAAAGGACUUAGACAUCCAGAUUACCUUACAGGAUCAACAGCGUAUCAACCAAUUCGCUAAGUUAAACGCAAAAAAAGAUGAUCUCAAAGCUGAAAUUAAAGCGAAACAAGCCGUAAGUAGAAACCUCGAGUAUGCAAGCGAGGAAUUGGAAUUGUGCACGGAUGAAAAAGUGGCGUUUAGCAUGGGUGAAUGCUUUCUGUACCGACCGUUAGAUGAAGCCAUGGAAGCUGUCCAAGAACGCAUAAAGCAGAGGAAGGAAGAGAUCAAAGAAAUCGAGGCGAAACAGAAAUUACUCACCGACGAAAUGUCAGUGUUAAAGAGACAACUCUACGCGAAAUUCGGCGACCAAAUUAAUCUCGAGGAAGAAUAAUUGUUUUGUUUAAAUUAACUUAUGUAUUAAUACACUGCUUGUCUUUUUUUCUUCA